AUGACUAUGAUACCAGACAUCCAGGCAUUGAGGCGAGGCCGAGGCGGGGACAGCAGGUCUUCUAUGUCUUUGUCCAGCCACCCAACAGGAGAACAGGAGCUCGCGGUGAAGGACCUCCACUGCCGAGGUCGUGCCACACGUCAUAGGCCUUACCGUAACAGGGCGCCCCUCAAAGGCAUCGGCCAAAAGCUGAACCACUUUCUGAUGGUCUUUUCCUUGGUUGGUUACUUUAAUAUCGGACUAAACGGGAUUUCCAAGCCUAAGAUUCUGAGACAAGGGGCUAAACCCACGAAUCUCGGUACCAGUGGUAAAAUACUUAGCUCAAAACUCCCCGAAAGCGAAGAACAAAAAGGGCAGAUCCAAGAAAGACCUCAGAAAUGGAUUAGAAUCACGUGCGUCAUAGCUUCCAGGUUCUCAUGCCUUUACUCUUCACAUUUGGAGUGGGGAAUCCCGCCCCUUCCUCAACUUUAUGCCAAAUAUCUGUUAAACUCAAUCCCGCUUCCCCUCGGUGACCACAGGAAAGGCGGCCCAAAAGGGAAAUAUUUCCAACAAGUAGCCGGUCUCAGCUCUUUGAAAUCCUCAACCAACAUCCGAUACCUUGGAUCAGAAACGGGGGACCUUAGCCCUCAAACCAAUAUAUUGGAACUUUCUACAAACAGAGCUCCUAAGAAAGGAAAGAGGAGACAAGUUCUUACUAAGAAAGUUCUUGAUCGAUCUUGGACAUCUGCCCCGCCUCCUGAAGAUAAGGAAGAAAGAAGUCCAAAUCCUGUUUCUUCGACCUUACAAUACAAUUGGUGGACUAAGAAAUCAAAGAAGGUAAUGCAGCUUUCUGGGCAAAAGAUUGGUGAUUCUAUCUCCACCAGGAUCGGAAGCCAAGGUUCAGUAGUCGAUAAGUGCACGGGUAAGGCGAAGAGAAGGGCCGUGGGAGAGGCCGGAUCUUCUGAUCUUGGGGAUAGGUCGACAGACGACUUCCCAGGAUUGGCCUACCUUUCGUGA